GUUUUUCCACUUACCCGUUGGCUUAUUUUAUUUUGUUUUCUUAAGAAUCCCAAUUUCACGUCGUCGUUUCGCUUCGCUCCAUUUAGUUUUACAUACUGCCACCAUCGAAGUCACCGAGCGGAGACAAAAAGAGAACUCAGAUCAAAGCCAAUGAUCGGAGACGUUGAGAAGAUGAUCGCGGUGGGCCUCGUUUGGGGCGCCACCAACGCCCUAAUGCGCCGCGGCGCUCUCCUCUGGGACCAAGCCCUCAAAUCCUCCUCCUUGGCCCAGGCCCAGGCCCAGCCCGGAAUUCACCACAAGCUUCUCACUUCCCUCAAGAGCUGGCUCAAGCUCCUCUCAAUCUGGCAGUACACAAUCCCCUUCUUCGUUAACCUCUCGGCCUCCGCUACGUUCUUCGCUAUACUCAGCCACACCCCAAUCUCCUUGGCCGUGCCCGUCACCAAUGCGACGACGUUUGCCGCCACUGCCGUCUUUGGGUGGCUCUUGGGGGAACAGACCCACCUCGGCCUCGCUUUGUUCGGUACGGCUUUGAUCGUUUUGGGCAUUUGGCUUUGUAUCACGUAAUUGGGAUUUCAUCUUUUCUGAUUGAUUAGGUAACACUUCAAUUUAUGUUUUCUGUUUGUAUAAAUUUAUGCGUAGCUAGCUUGUUUUGUUUUGAUUAUUGAUGUUUGAGUGUUUGGGUGCUCAGAAAAGAGGGGAAAUCAAGAGGAAAUUUUGUCAUUU